AUGUUCAGUUGCUCGGCAGAUGCUGCACACAAGAUAUGAGAGUUCUCUUAUUACUGGUGUAUGUGGCGCUAGCCUCAUGCGACGACUCCGCCACUGAGAAGUACGUAUUCAGUCGCGAGGGCGGAUAUCUGGGACACAGGAACAUUGAUGGAUACCUAAGUCCCGAGGCUGCCCGCCGCACCGUCUACCACCUCCCUGUUUCGAGACGCACGCUAGUAGCACGUACGGCUACGGGCAGAGGUAUCUCGACACCGGCUCUACGUCACGCGCAGAGCGACCUCGCUGCUGCUCGCGACGUCUAUAGUAGUGGUCGUGCUCGCGUACCUGUGUACGCUCCGUCCUAUCGAUACACCCCGCGGAAGGACAUUUUCGUUCCCGCUCGACGGGUGGUGCUCGUGAAAACCGCAGAGCCAUCUAGCGAGCUGUACGUACGGGCACGAGCGCCCAUAGCCCAUCUGGCCCGAGCGCCCGUAGCCCCUCUGGCCCGAGCGCCCGUAGCCCCUCUGGCCCGAGCGCCCGUAGCCCCUCUGGCCCGAGCGCCGAGCACCCCGCUUCAAGCCGCCUCGGUCCACGCUGCACCGGGUUACCUGACGACUGUCGCGUACGGGCCUGAGGUGUCGGGCCAUGCUAGUGGCGGCGGGCACAGGGAAGCGAGCAGCGCCAUUAACCGGAGCGGAAAAGCUUCUGGAAAACUCUACGCGCAGGACAAGGCGGCAGCGAGAGAGGGCGCUUCGAAGCAGCGAGGAUACGAGUAUACUUACAAGAGUGGUCACAACUGGUACCAACCGAAGAAUGUCUAUAGUUACUCGGACGUUCAACAGAUCAUCGGCUACGGACACUGAAUCGCGCUAACGAUCACUGUGCACGAGCGCUUAUCACAGGACGCCCUUGCACUCCCUCAGCUACCCGUGGAAUCUCGUCUAUAUGUCCGUGUUUUCGCCUCGGCAAUCGUCAUUAUAGUGUGCCGUUGAGUAUAGCAGCAGAUGGCAGCGCACGGAAACGUGGUUUUCGUAUGGGGGAAUAACGCAUUUAAUGAGAAAAAAUAACCUUUUGCGCAGCUGGAUUUUGACGGACGAUGACGCCCGCGUGUAUUAUAACCCGCAGCAAGUUAGGCGACGAAUAGUUUUCAUAUUGUAUUCGCUAUAUAUCGUUGAAGUUCUUUUGUUUUGUAGAAUGUAAUCGUGAAGGGGUCGGAUUGCAUUCUCUAAUCAGAAGCAGGUGGCAGUUGCAAACGGAAAUCAUAUUGCGCAGUGAUUAAAACCCGCCCGAUGUUAACCAGUAGAUGGCAGCACCAGCUACAGCGCCCGUGGGGUCUAUGUACGUAUCAUCCCAGUUACCAUGCUGAUAACCAGCUGGGGACAACUUACGCUUAUUUUACUGGAAGUCGUAAUAUUCUUGGUGAGACAAACAAGAAAAGGCGCGUGACAUAAGUGGAUGUAUUUGAUAUGUUAGCUUUGCAAUAACCCUAAUGUUAUAUAUCGCUUGAAUGUAGAGGUUUGCCUUGCAUCAUAUAUCAAGCUAUGGGUAAAGGAAUAGUCGGAAGUGUUGUUGUUUCCGUAAAGGUUUAGAUGCGGGUUUGCUAAAAAAUAAAAAAAUUCUAGUUUGGGUAAGCUAGUUUAAGUUUUUAAGUAAUUUUUUUUUUAAAGUUAAUAGCAUAUGUUGCAACGCUGUCGCAUUGUGAUCAGAUCAGCCUUGCUAAAUUCGAUUAUUAAAUUUAAAGAAAUAAAUGCUUAUAAUAGUCUACACGUUAGCGAAUGA